AUAGUCUAUAGACCUCCUCCUCAUUCUCUCUCUCUCUAUAUGUAACACCGCCGAAAUUGGAGUGUUGUUGAGCAUCGCCGUCAAUCUUAAUCAUUUCCGAAAUGACUACCGGAGAUAGAAUCCGAACUCUAGACGACUUCGUUAAAGUACACGGCCUCCUGUUAGCGGCGGCUGGGAUUCCCCAGGCUCUAUACGGCCAACUCUUCGAAAAGCUAUCCACAGAUACAUUUGAUGGCGGUAACUUCUUUCAGGUCGAACCGUCCGAUGACGGUCGGCAUAGGCGCCUCAUCCUUACUUCCUCUCACAUGGAGAAAGAAUCAUGUGUCUUCCUCGUCGACCAUGCCUGGACCUUUCGUCUUUCCGAUGCUCGCAAACAGCUGGAGGAAGUGCCUGCUCUGGUUGAGAGGAUGGCUGCGUUGAUGUGUGUUGAUAUUGACUUGAAAGAAAAGGAGGAUUCAGCUGAAGGUUCACAUGAGGAUGGUAUUAAAAUGAAUGUUGGUGAAAUAGUGGAGAAUGAAAUUCAACAAGCGAAAGAGAAAGGUGAUACUGUGAAAUGGUUGGAGCUGGAGGACCUUGACAUUGAUGACGCAAUGCUUUUAUCUCUUGAUUUGCCUAGCAAAUUUCCAAGUUUGAUUGCAUUAAGCUUAUGUGGAAACAAACUUGAGAACUGGGAAGAAGUUACCAAGGUUGUUACCAAGUUCAGGCACCUUAAGGCACUUUGGCUGAACAACAACCCAAUUUUACAGAACAGUGAAAGUGACAAGUCUGAUAUAAUUCUUCAAGCUUGCCCAACAUUGGAGAUCUACAAUUCACAUUUCACCUACAACUUUGGUGUUUGGGCAUUAGGAUUUUGUGGAGGAAUAUUCAAUAAGGAUAAUCCAGGCUAUUUGAGUUACACUGAUGACCAAUUAGAGACUGUUACCUCUGUCGACAUUUCAAAUAGAGAUAUUCACAAAUUGAUCAAUACGGCAUUUCUACCUGCUGAACUACCAUCUCUCUCAUAUCUGAAUAUUCGAGGAAACCCAUUGCAAGAAAACAAGGAAGAAUUGUUGGAGAUGCUAAAGAGUUUUCCUUGUUUAAGUGCUCUGGAGGUAGAUAUUCCAGGACCUCUAGGAGAAAGUGCUUUAGGGAUUCUUGAAUCACUCCCCAGGCUUUGUCAACUGAAUGGCGUUGAUUCAUCAAAGAUAUUAGAAUCAGAAAAGCAUGUGGUUGACUCUGCACUUCAACUGCGUUAUCCUGAAUGGAAACCAGAUGAACCUCUAGUUGAUCGGGUUAUGAAUGCAAUGUGGUUAUAUUUGAUGACAUAUAGACUAGCAGAUGAAGAGAAGAUUGAUGAAACUUCUGUAUGGUACGUAAUGGAUGAGCUAGGUUCUGCUUUGCAGCACAGUGAUGUGCCGAACUUUCAUGUUUCUCCUUUCCUCUACAUGCCAGAUGGUAAAUUGGAAUCUGCCAUCAGCUUUUCUCUUCUAUGGCCAACAAGAAAUGUGUAUAAAGGUGACGAGUGUACUCGUGAUUUCCUUUUUGGUAUUGGUGAAGAAAAGCAACGCUCUGCCAGACUUACUGCUUGGUUCCUUACUCCUGAAAAUUAUUUCAUAAAGGAAUACGAGAAUCACAUGCGGAACUUGAAUUCCAACACAUUCACCCCUCCGCCCUUGAAGGAGCUCAAAUCUAGCAGUUUGCUUCCUAGUGAUGGAAGUGUUUUACGUGUCUACUCCGAUAUCCCUCAAGUAGAAGAAUAUUUGAGUCGUCCAGAGUUCAAAAUAACUGACGACCCUAAGGAUGCGAAUAUAAUAUGGACAUGCAUGCAGGUGGAUGAGGACAUGAAGAAGUAUGCUGGUUUGACUGAGCGUCAAUUCAUAAAUCAAUUUCCUUUUGAGGCUUCCAUUGUCAUGAAGCAUCAUUUGGCUGAAACUGUCCAGAAGGCACUUGGAUGUCCAGAUUGGAUUCAACCAACCUACAAUCUCGAAACUCAUCUUACUCAACUCAUUGGUGAUUAUUUUGUUCGCCAAAGGGAUGGACUUGACAAUCUAUGGAUCUUAAAACCAUGGAAUAUGGCGAGAACUCUUGAUACCUCUAUUACUGAAAACAUAUCUGCUGUCAUCCGUUUAAUAGAGACUGGUCCAAAAAUAAGUCAAAAAUACAUUGAACAUCCUGCUCUGUUCAGGGGGAGAAAAUUUGAUCUUCGUUACAUUGUCUUGGUCCGCAGCAUGGAUCCAUUGGAUAUAUACCUUGCUGAUAUUUUCUGGGCUAGGCUGGCAAAUAAUGCAUACUCUCUAGACAAGAACAGUUUUUCCGAGUAUGAGACUCAUUUUACUGUAAUGAACUACAGAGGAACAUUGAAUCACAUGAACACUGCAGAUUUUGUUAGGGCAUUUGAACAAGAGCAUCAAGUUAAAUGGUUGGAGAUUCAUGUGAGAAUUAAAAAGAUGAUGAAAGCUUUGUUUGAGUCAGCUGCUUUUGUCCAUCCCGAGAUGCACAAUCCUAUGUCCAGGGCAAUGUAUGGAGUGGAUGUAAUGCUUGACUGCAAUUUCCAACCAAAGUUGUUGGAGGUGACAUACUGCCCUGAUUGUACAAGAGCAUGCAAGUAUGACAUGGAAAAUGUCUUCAAGGAAGGAGAGAUAGUCAAGGGCAGCGAGUUCUAUAAUUUUGUUUUCGGAUGCCUAUUUCUUAAUGAGACAACACAUGUAUCUGCAGUUUAAUCGACUUACUACCCUUUUCUAACGGUUAGUUGAACUCUGUAAUUUCUUGGUUAUUCUUCCUCAUUUGCAGCAAAUUUUAUCACAUUAUUGUAAGAAUCUGAUUUAUUUGCAUACUUUGUUCAAUUUUGUAAUAGAGAGUUCCAACCCAUAA